AUGGCACCUUCUCAACCUGACGCACCCCCUUCACCGCUUAAUUACCUGGAAUACCCGUUUCAGUACAUCUGCGCUGACUUUUUCCACUACAAGGGCCACUACUAUCUCGUCUGCGUCAAUAGGUAUUCCAAUUGGCCUAUCGUGGAAGAAUCUUCCGGCGGAGCGCAAAGCCUUAUUAACAUCCUACGACCCACGUUCGUCACCUAUGGUAUCCCAGACGAAUUGCCUUCGGAUGGGGGCCCAGAAUUUACUGCUGCAUCCACCAAAUCCUUCCUGAAUAAUUGGGGAGUGAGCCAUCGUCUGUCUUCCGUGGCAUUCCCGCAUAGUAAUUGCCGUACAGAAGUCGGUGUGAAGACAGUCAAACGCAUGAUUACAGACAACACUGGGCCCAAUGGUGAACUUGAUACUGAUGCCCUCCAACGAGCAGUACUACAGCAUUGCAAUACGCCAAACCAGGAUACCACGAUGUCCACAGCCAUGUGUUUGUUUGGUGAUCGCGUCAGGAUCCAAAACCAAUUCUGUCCUAAUCCCCGGAAAUGGGACAAGACCGGUUCCGUGGUAGAAGUCAAGCAAUAUGACCAGUAUGUCGUACGUACAGAUGGUUCCGGCAGAGUAGCGCUUCAUAAUCGCAAGUUUCUUUGGAAGUAUGUCCCUGUUCGUCAGCCAACACCACCAGUCUCUAUUUUGGACACACAGAAUGUACCACAGCAAAUUCCGGCUACAACUGGUCACACCUGUUUGCAGCCUACAUCAUCCGAUACGCCCAUGCCCUCAACGGGUCCCCUACCCUCAGAUGAUCCGCCGACCGCGCGAUCGGUCCACCAGGAGCCGACAUCACCAAACAUCCCAUUGGAUUCCGAACCACCAGUGGAGCCGUGCCCGGCCCCUUUGGGCCUUCUGCCGCCUCGUAGAUCCACCAGGGCUCGACGACAGCCAUGCAAGUUGAAGGACUACAAAUUGAUAUGA